AUGAUGCAAGUUCAUGACUACACUUUCCUCUUUGGAAUCGGUCUCUUCUUCGCCUUCAUGGAUGCCUAUGGCAUUGGUGCGAAUGAUGUUGCCAACUCGUUCGCUACCUCUGUCGGCUCCGGCUCCAUUACUCUUGCCCAAGCUUUGAUUAUUGCCUGUUUCUGCGAGUUCGGUGGUGCCUUCCUCCUCGGUGCUAACACCACCGAGACUAUCAAGGGUGGAAUUGUGGAGACCAAGCUGUAUGCCGCUAACCCCGAGCUUUUGAUGUUGACCAUGGUGUGCGCUUUGAUCGGUUCUUCUACCUGGGUUCUGUUCGCUUCCUCCCGUGGCUGGCCUGUCUCGACCACUCACGCCAUUGUCGGCGCCAUCACCGGCGCUGGUCUCUCUGCCUUCGGCGCUGAUGGUAUCCAGUGGUCUGGAAUCACCAAGAUCGUUCUCUCCUGGGUCAUCUCGCCCCUCGUUUCUGGUCUUGUUUGCUCCAUCAUCUUCUUGUUCACAAAGUUCGUCGUCUUGAACCACGAUGACUCUUUCCGCCGCGGUCUUAUCGCUAUCCCUGCCUACUUCGGUAUUGCCUUGACCGUCAACGUCUUCUACAUCAUUUACAAAGGCGCACCAAACUCUAAGCUCAAGGAUGCUUCGACUGACAUUGGUAUCCCCGUCGGAAUCGCUUUCGGUGUCGGCUUCAUCGUCUUCUUGUGGUGCUUCUUCUUCCUUCGUCCUUUCCUUCGCCGCAAGAUCCAGGACGACGAGGACCUCCGUUGGUACCACAUGUUCAUCAUUCCCCUCGUUGGCAAGCGUGAGAAGGCCCCCGUUCACCAGGAGGAGGUCGCUGAGAAGCCUGAGAAGAACGCCGAUGGUUCAGAGCCCACUACCGACGGCCUGGCCGAUCCUUCUUUGGUUCAGCUCGAGGCUGGAAACAAGACCUUUGCUCAGAAGCUUAAGGGAAAGCUGCUCCACGGUCUUACUCAGGAGAUCAAUACCACGCACGACGAGAAUACCAUGGCUGUUCACGCCAAUGCCACCAAGUUCGACCACAAUACCGAGCGCCUCUUCUCGGCCGUCCAGGUCAUCACUGCCUGCUUUACCUCCUUUGCUCAUGGUUCCAACGAUGUCGCCAACGCUAUUGGACCUCUUGCCACUAUCUACUACAUUUGGGAGAAUGCCAACAUUGACGUCAAGAAGGCCCCUGUCCCUGUCUGGAUUCUCGCCUUUGGUGGUCUUGCCAUUGAUAUCGGCUUGAUGACCUACGGUUACCACGUCAUGCGCACCCUCGGUAACAAGAUGACAUAUAUGAGCCCCACCCGUGGUUUCUCCGCUGAGAUGGGUACUUCGAUCACCAUCUUGACUUGCUCCAAGUUGUCCCUGCCUGUUUCCUCGACUCACUGCAUCACUGGUGCUACCACCGCCAUCGGUCUUCUUUCUGGAGGAGGAUUCAAGUCCCUGAACUGGCGCCUUCUCCUCGGUGUCUUCGCCAGUUGGAUCAUGACUCUUCCCGCUGCCGGUCUUACCAGUGGUAUCAUCUUCGCGUUCGUCUCUCGUUCGCCCCAGAUCCAAUAA